ACCAUCGACAAAUGUAGGCAUGGGGCUCGGGCAGUCCAGCAAAUCAUCCGUUAACGAUGACAACGACGAGGUCAAUUUCGACCACUUCCAGAUACUCCGGGCGAUCGGGAAGGGCAGUUUCGGAAAGGUGUGCAUUGUGCAGAAGAAGGACACGAGGAAGAUGUAUGCCAUGAAGUAUAUGAACAAACUGAAAUGUGUGGAGCGGAACGAGGUUCGGAACGUCUUCAAGGAACUUCAGAUCAUGCAGAGCUUGGAACAUCCAUUCCUCGUAAACUUCUGGUAUUCCUUCCAGGAUGAGGAGGACAUGUUUAUGGUGGUUGACCUGUUACUAGGAGGAGACUUGCGCUACCACCUGCAACAGAACGUCCAUUUCUCAGAGAGUACGGUGAAGCUCUACGUGUGCGAAAUAGCGUUAGCGCUACACUAUCUCCGCACGAAAUGCAUCAUCCACAGGGAUAUCAAACCUGACAAUAUUCUACUGGACGAACACGGUCACACACACCUGACAGACUUUAACAUUGCUGCUGUUGUCAAAGAUGACCUCAAAGCAACCUCUAUCGCUGGGACCAAGCCUUAUAUGGCUCCAGAGCUGUUCCAGUCCUUUGAGGGGACACACCCAGGUUACUCAUUCGCUGUGGACUGGUGGUCUCUGGGUAUCACGGCCUAUGAACUGCUGCGUGGACAGAGGCCUUACGUCAUGCGCUCCAGCAGUACGUCCAGUGAAAUCCUUCAGACCUUUCACAAAGUGCACCCGUGCUAUCCCGCUGCCUGGACUACGGAAAUCAAGUCUCUGCUCCGAAAGCUGCUGUGUGUGGAUGCACAGAAGCGGAUCUCCUGUCUGUCUGAGCUACAGGACACAGAGUACCUGUCUGACGUGAACUGGGACAGCGUACUCAAUAAACAGACCCAACCAGGAUUCAUCCCUAAUAGACGGAGACUGAACUGUGACCCCACAUUCGAGCUGGAGGAGAUGAUCCUGGAGUCCAGGCCGCUGCACAAGAAGAAGAAGAGACUGGCAAGGAAGACGAGAGAAAACAGCUCGGAAGGGUCGCCGCAGAAUGGCCAGCUGCAGCAGCGACUCGAGAAUGUGCAAAGAGACUUCAUCAUCUUCAACAGAGAGAAGUUGCAGAAAACCAAAGCAGAAGCUGAGGCUAAUGACCUUAUUGAUAAAGAGACAGACAAAACUAUUGAAGACGGACAGAACAACAACAUUACCCCAAACCCCAGCUUCUUGUCUGGGUAGUUUCUCAGCCUUGAAUAUUCCAUUAGCACUUUAACACAAUAGCUUGCUUUAUGGUGGCUU